AUGGCGGCGGUCGGCGGCAUGCUUGCCGCUGCCAUACUCAAGGUGGUGGGUGACCAGAUUGGUUCUGUGAUCGGAGGCCAGAUCAAGCUGCAGAAGAACUUGGAUGAGGAUCUGAAUGGCAUGAAGAUGACGCUGGAGUCUAUUGAGGCGGUGCUCAAGGUCGGCGGGAGGCAGGCUAUUAUCGAUGAACAGACGCGGCUUUGGCUGAAGCGGCUCACGGUCGCCAUGUAUGACAUCUCCAGCCUGAUUGACAAAUUCGAAGACGACACUCAAGCAAUCACCGAGCAUUCCGUGCUGAAGUCAUCCCCCAAGAAACAACUUUUGCGGUUGGUCUCUUGUCUCCAUAUAGGCCCCAAGUUUACGGUGGCUAAUGAAAUGAAGAUGAUGCGAGAUAAACUGAACGUGAUCGCAGAUCAACACCAUGGCUUCACCUUGUUAGCAGGCACUAGCACUAUUCAGCUCAGUGUUACUGAUAUACGAGAAACAUCGUCGACCAUGGGGGAUGAAGAGCAUAUCGUUGGGAGGAGGGAUGUGAAAAACAAAAUAUUAGCUUGUUUGUCUGAGAGCAUGACAAAAGAGUUCACUGUUCUUCCUAUAUAUGGCAUCGGAGGAGUUGGAAAGACAACCUUGGCAAAAACUGUUUUCAAUGAUUCCCAGUUUAGAGACUACUCUCAGGUGUGGAUCUAUGUUUCCCAGACAUUUGACUUGAAUAAAAUUGGGAAUUCUAUAAUAUCACAAAUAUCAAAAGAGAAGAGCCCACACACUGAAAAGCAGAUGAUCCAUAAUUCCCUUCGAGGGUUAUUAACUAAUGGGAAGAUUCUGAUCGUUUUAGAUGAUUUGUGGGAAGAAAAUGAAUCUCAGCUAAAAGAUUUGCUGGAUAUGUUAAAGCUUGGACAGAGUGGCAAGGUGGUUGUUAUAGUAACCACACGCUACGAGGGUAUUGCAACGAGAAUUUGUACUAUUGAAUCUCACAAAUUAGCACCACUACCAGAUGACCAGUGCUGGGCUAUCAUAAUGCAAAAGAGUGACUUUAAGUCGAGAUACGACCAGGAAGAGUUGCAGCACAUAGGGAUGGACAUUGCGAGUAAGUGUGGAGGUGUGGCUCUAGCAGCCCAAACAAUUGGACACAUGCUGCAUUCUCUUCCAUUUGAUGAAUGGGAGUCAGUGAGAAACAGUGAUUUCUGGAAUUUAUCUGAUCCGGAUGAUACAGACUUGACACAUGUGCUUCCAUCCUUGAAGUUAAGCUACAGUGUCAUGCCUUCAUAUUUACAGAUAUGUUUUGCCUAUUGUGCAAUUUUUCCAAAAGGUUACAAGAUAGUUAAAGAUGACCUGAUUCAUCAGUGGAUUUCGUUGGGUUUCAUCAAGGCAGAUACCAAGUCAUCCACUUGGCAGCUUGGUGAGAAAUGUAUUAGGCAGCUUCUGGGGCUGUCCUUCCUUGAACAUUCAAAGUCAGCGCUGAAUACAGGAGUUAAUUUUGAAAAUGGUACAUCGUUGACCAUGCACGAUUUGGUGCACGAUCUAGCAAGAUUGGUCAUGGUGGACGAAAUACUUGUCGCUGGCAAACAGGGCAGCUCUUCAGGAAGAUGCUGGCACUUUGCAUUGCUAAAUGAGGUCAUGGUUGCCGAAGUAUUAAUCAAUAGCAAACAAGGCAACUCUGGAGGGAGCUGCUGCCACUUUGCAUCGCUCAAUGACCGUACCAUGCAAUUGGAGUUAUCCAAGAUAAGGGCACUCUGUUUUAUGGAGUGUACAGAAAUUGAACUUCAUGGUGUUGCCUUGUCAUCUGCUAAGUCCAUGCGUGUCUUGGACUUAAGCGAGUGCUCCAUACUCAAGUUGUCAAAUUCUAUUGGUGACCUGAAGCAGCUGAGAUAUCUUAACGCUCCAAGAGUCCAAGAUGCAAAGAUUCCUGAUAGUAUCACCAAGCUCUCAAAAUUGAUUUACCUGAACCUUCAUGGCUCUCCUAAAAUCUUAGCACUACCAGAAUCAAUUGGAGAAAUUGAGGGUCUAAUGUAUCUUGAUUUGUCAGGUUGUUCAGGAAUUGCAAAACUGCCAGAAUCAUUUGGGCGUCUAAAAGAAUUGGUGCAUUUAGAUUUGUCAAUGUGUUGCAUCCAGAAGCUCCCUCAAACUUUGGGCAGAUUCAUUAAACUGAAGUACUUAAACUUAUCAUGUUGUCAGAAAAUAACAGAAUUGCCAAUCGGAUUUGGGAGUCUCAGAAAUUUGGUGCAUGUUGAUUUAUCAGGCUGCUCUGACGUUGCUUCCAACGAUGGAGCUUUUUUUGGUCUUACUAAUUUGCAAUAUCUGAAUUUAAAAGAUACAAGUUUCACAUCGCCGCAGCUACAACGUCUGACCAAACUCAAGUAUUUAAAUCUAUCUGCACUCUAUAGCCAGAGAGAACAUCAAGAUAUCUUUGACAGGCUCUUCAGUUCCAUAACCCUUAAUCAACCUGAUCUAGAGCAUUUGGAUUUGUCUGAUAAUUCUGCUAUUAAUCUUAUACCUGUAAGUCUUUAUAGACUCAAAAAGCUGCAUACGUUGGACCUCUCAGGAUGCGUAUAUCUUAAGAAGAUAGAAGAAAGCAAACACACAAUUAGUAGCUUGAAGUUUCUGUAUUUAAGAGGUUGUGUCAAUCUUGAUAUUGAUAGAAUUCCUCAGCUUGGUGGCAGUACAGUAUCAUUACCACGCUUUGGGGUGCGUGUUGCUACUGAUGAAUCUAGCAGUAAUCUUGUCCUGCUACAACCCACAGACCCGAUUGAGCUGCAUAUAACUGAACUUGAAAAUGCAAAGUCCGCAGGAGAGGCACACAGUAUAAAAUUAAUGGAAAAGCGCAGUCUUCAGGACUUGGAACUGGUCUGGACUCCAGAUGUUAAGAGAUUUAUGGAUGACAAAAUUUUGUUGGAAGAACUAGUGCCACCAUGCACGUUGAAGAAGUUGGAGAUACGUGGUUACAAUAGCGUGAGCUUACCAGCCUGGCUAGUGGACCAACUACCAAACCUAGAAUUACUAGUUCUGCGUGAUAUGGAAAACCUGGAAGAGUGGAACACGUCAUACUCGUGUGCUGAGGAGCACGUGAUUCAAACAUUGGAAAUACAUAACUGCCCCAUGUUAAGGAUGAAACCACCUCUGCUUAAAGCUAAAUCCUGGAAGAUAAGCGACAGUGAUAAUGUGUUAUCAUCAUGGAAUGACUGCACUGUGUCACACACUGGUGCUUCUUCCUCUUCUCCAAUAACUACUAUGCUAUCAGUUCAAAGAUACAGGGGGCCUCAUCAAUGGAGGUUGCUUCAACACUUCCCUGCACUCUCUUCUUUGUCUAUCAUAAGGGGUUAUCUAAACAGCUCACCAGAGAUCAUUGGGCAUCUAUCCUAUUUGAAGACAAUAUGCCUAAGUCAGAUACUCAUGUUAGAACUGCCACAAUGGUUGGGUGAGGUCACAUCUCUACAUAAUCUCGAAUUAAGGUCUAUCGAUGGUUUAGAGGAGUUCAAUGAGAGCAUGAGGCAACUCCAAAAGCUACAGUCACUAAAACUGAUCAGUUGCAAGAGCUUAUCGCUGCCACACUGGUUAGGUGAAUUGACUUAUCUCAAGGAACUUAGCAUAGAUGGCAAUGGAGUAUUGAGGUCUUUGCCAGCAAGCUUACAACAAAACAGCAGCAUACAGAAAAUACAGAUCUCUGACUGCCCUAAUUUAGAGGACGUGAUUGUUGAAUCAGAGGAGGGAACGAUGGAGCUGGCUCACAACCAAGAAAGUGUGUGUGUCCUGCCCACCUCUCUGAGGGAACUUAAGAUCAGUCACUGUCAGGGUAUCAUGUCUUUGCCUGAGGGAAUUCAGCAACUCACCAACCUCCAAAGUCUAGUCAUUAGUUCGUGCCCUGAACUAAGGCAAUGGUGUGAAUCAGAGGAGAACAGGAUGAAGCUGGCUCACAUAGAAAACAUGAAGAUUUGGUCCUAG